AUGGUCGAGCUCGACCCAUCCAUGUUCCCACCGGGAUGGGACCAGGACGCCAUCGACGACGCCAUCGCCAACUACUACUACUCGUGCACCCACAUCACGGCCAACUGCACCGUCGAAGCCACCACGCUUGGGUACUACCCUAACAGGGGGAUCAACAUCUUCCUCGUCAUUGGGUUUGCCGUAGCAACCGUGAUCGCACUGGUACUGGGAAUUCUGAAGAAGACAUGGAGUUACACAUCCUUCAUCGCGGCUAGGUGCGCGUUGGAGCUCCCAGGCUACGGCGCGCGCAUCCCGCUGACCGACAACCCCUGGAACAAGCACGCCUUCGAGACGCAAAUCGUAGCCAUCAUCCUGGCGCCCACGCUCGUGUGCAUCUCCAUCUACCUGACGCUCAAACACGUCUGCCUGGCGCUCAACCCGACCUUGUCGCGCGUGCGCCCCCACCUGUACCCCUUCGUCUUCGUGCCCCUCGACGUCUCCUGCCUGCUCGUCCAGGCCAUCGGCGGCGCCCUGGCCGCGAGCGCCGCCACGAGCAAUUUCAAGAUGGUCCAGCAUGGGAAUCGCUGUAUUAUUGCGGGCAUUGUGCUGCAGGUGGUGGUGUUGAGCUUUUUUGGCACGUCCGCGGGGGAUUAUUAUCUGAGGGUGCGGAAGUGGAUCAACUCUCCCGAGGCGGACCCCGAGGCUGUUGCGCUGUGGCGUGAUAAGAAGUUUAGGAUGUUUGUGUACGCUGUGACGGGGGCGUAUAGCGGCAUCUUGAUUCGCUGUAUCUAUCGUAUCGCGGAGAUGGCUGGUGGUUGGGGCAACCACAUCAUGCAGGACGAGCCGUCGUUUAUCGUGCUGGAGGGAUUUAUGGUCCUGAUUCCCUGCCUCCUCCUGGCUAUCUUUGCCCCUGGUUACCUAUUUCCCCAAAUGGCGGCGCGUAUGUCUGCUCCCGGCCGCGUCGGGCUGAAACGGAAAGAUGGCGAGCAGACUGAUGAUGCUGAGAAGAAGGCCCAGCCGGGGGCCCUCGGGGGUCAGCAGCCCACUACCAGCGGUGAUGAGUCUGCCGUCGGUGAACAGGUGAAGGAAGCCGCGGUACCGGCAGUGGAAGAGGCCAAAAGUACCUAA